CAUUGGGAUUCAUGAAGUGUCUUCGUCAAGUCUUCAGUUUAGGUUUGAUCAUUUUCAUUUUUCUGUUUCUAUUUGCAGCUGACAGAUGCUCCUCAGACAUUGUUUUCAGUGCAUAUUGUUGACAUGGUUUUCAUAAUUUAAAGAAUACGCUGUGGCCUUGCCCACUUGACUGAAAGUGGUUGUGUCACGCCUUCCCUGGUUAAACCUUGAGGCAGGUUGCAUCGUCACUCGAUCCCGUGUCUCGGAUAGAAACGCUUGGCCUACUGGAGCUGUAUGUUUUAGCAGUUGCACUACUGCAGUUCACAAACAACUAUGGCAACCGGAGUAAGAAAAACUAAAAGUCUGCCCUGUUCUGGAGAUGUAAUGGCAAAGGAAGAGCUUCCUCUUUAAUGCUCUGUGGCGUGUGUAUCCGCUACUCAAGUCACGUGUGUUUUAUUUUUGAUGUUUCUCAACCCUGGAAAUAUUUGAGUGACAAGAAAGCGCACAUUCAGCGUUUCGGUUGGACUGACUUUUAAGCAGGAAUGGCCACUGCACGGCUUGAUUACGUUGCCCCGUGGUGGACAUACUGGCUGCACAAUUUCCCUCACUUCAAUUUCUUUUUCCAGUCGACAGACAACACUUUUAAACCGGAGGAGGCAAGCUAUCAGCAGUCUCUGAUAUUUCUAGCCUGUGUUGGUGCCAUUGGUCUGGGUCUGAGCCUGUUGGUUCUGGCAGUAUGCCUGGUGUGUCUAUGUUGCUGCCGCAAGGAAAUAGAUGAAGACACCAAAAGGCCUGAUACAUGCUGUCUCACCUGGUCGGCUGUCAUCACAGGUCUCUGCAUAUGUUCGGCUGUGGGAGUGGGUUUCUAUGGAAACAGUGAGACCAAUGACGGGGUGUACCAGCUGACCUACUCACUCUCCAAUGCCAAUCACACAUUGGGCGACAUCAACAAUCUGGUUGCAGGAUCUAUGGGCAAUGUUCAAACUGGACUCAAGCAGCACCUGGAACGGCUUGAUGAGAUCUUUGCCGCAAGGUCCGACUACCUCCAAGCUCUGCGCUUCAUGCAGCUGAUGGUCAACAACGUCAUCCGUGAGAUGACUACUCUGCCUGAUAUCAACAAAGCCAAUGUUGAUUUGGCAGCCAUUGCAGACCAAACAGCCUUUGUUGAGUAUUACAGAUGGCUCACCUAUCUGCUGCUGCUCAUUCUGGAUCUGGUCAUCUGCUUGGCUAUAUGCUUGGGUAUGGCCAAGCAGUCUCGGUGGCUGCUCAUAAUGAUCAUGGCUUUUGUAGUGCUGUCUAUGAUCCUGAGCUGGGCCUCCUUGGGAGCAGGUACUGCUACAGCUGUGGGCACCAGUGACUUCUGUGUGUCUCCAGACAAGUUUAUUGUUAACCAAACCAAGGAUUUUCUAACUGCAGAUGUUGCUCACUAUUAUUUGUUCUGCAGCCCGAAUCUACCAAAUCCUUUCCAACAGUCUUUGACAAUCUGUCAGCGUUCUUUGACCACCAUGCAAAUCCAGAUCCAGGGCUUGCUGCAGUUCUCGGUGCCCAUUUUUCCCACUGCUGAGAGAGACCUUUUGGGGAUCCAGCGACUGCUGAACUCCACUGAGUUCAGUCUACACCAGCUAACAGCCUUGCUCGAUUGCCGUGGGCUACAUAAGGACUACCUGGAUGCCCUAAUGGGCGUGUGCUAUGAUGGGGUGGAAGGGCUCCUCUACCUCUCUUUGUUUUCUCUGCUGGCUGGCUGCGCACUGUCUGCCAUGCUGUGUGCAAUUUUCAGAGUGUGGACGCUAAUGGGCAUCAGGGACAAAGAGUAUGACGACAUAGAUGAGGAAGACCCAUUCAACCCCCAAGCGCGGCGGAUGUCUUACAACCCCAGAAGGUCCAACAUACACAGUUUCUGUAGCUAUACCAGCAGCCUCGGUAGCCAGGCCAGCCUUCAGCCACCACUGCAAUCUACUUCUAAUGCGCCACCUCCUGAAUACAUGAAUCAGUCCAUGCUGUUUGGAGGAAGCCCACGAUAUGAGAACGCCCCACUGAUAGGGAGAGGAUCCCCACCUCCCUCGUACUCGCCCAGUAUGAGGACCACCUAUCUGUCUAUGACUGACGCCCAGAUAAGACACUUUGGGACUGACUUCCAGGUGUAACCUUAUACCUACGCAAUCAUUUUCAGAGCAGCAAUGUUGAAGACUCUGGGUUCUUACCAUGGAGGCUGUCCUGUAUUUCAUGGCGUAAUCCUGUUUACCUGAGCUGCAGACAGCUGUCAAAAUCUACAACAUGAAAGCAGAGACAAUUACCACAGUAACACUAAUGCAGUGCACUUAAAGCCCUGCAUGCAUUUUUGAACAGAAAACCUGUACAAGUUCAUCUCAAGACUGUUGUUGAUGUUAUCAUGCUGAAUGGAAACACUGUUGCUCCAAUAUAAACAUUUCUAUGAGCCAAAUCAAUCGUUUAAAGUGAUUAAAUGGAAAUUGUUCCUUGCUUUUUCUUGUAUUAUUGGGGCCUGCAUGGAUAUGAUCCACAUAAUGGUCAAUAUAUUGAUGUCUGACUAUGACCAAUACAUUUCCCAUCACAACAUUUAGAUUUUUUCACAAAAUCUAUACUCUUUGGAAGCCUCUGAAAUGUAGGCCUUUGUGAAAUUUGUAUUGGUGUUAAAUGAAAGAAUCCCUCAAAAUAAUAACAAAAAUGCAAACCAACAACAUGGUUCUGCUGUGAAAAAGCCAAAGAUUUUACUAAGUUGUGAUGAAUUUUAUAUUUAACUUUCUCAAUAAUUGCCCCAAGGUUUGUGCAUCUGGUAGUUGUCAUUGUUCUGAAUUCCAAUGCAUCCCCCGCUGAUCAGUGAUUAGUAAAACAGUUGGAGUGAGGGGUUUAUUAUUAUUAUUAUUAUUAAAAAGCACAACAUUUUCUAAUUGACUUUCAGUCAGCUAUCACUGUGCUCUGACACAGCUCGCAGAAAUGAAUCUCGAUUUGCAGAAAUGUAAAGUUCUCAGAUUCAUCUGCUGUUAGUAUCUUGUGGAUCAGACAUUGUUUUCUUCAGUGUUGAAGAAACCUGCUAUAUGGUAUUUUUUUUGUUGGAUAAUGUAUUAAACUAAACUAAUAUUUGACUUUAAA